UUGAACCAAUGGCUGGAUUUCUAUUCUGGGAAACAGUCAAAACCAUCGAGCUCCUUAUCAUGCUCUAUCUCGCCAUCUCCCUGCUCCGCUGGGCCUACGACGACUUCUACAAAUACCUAGCCGUCGGCCGAGGCGGCAGCCCGUCCACCUUCCAGGGCUGGUGCCACGCCAAGAUCCUCGGCUUCAUCGCAUACGGCGUCUUCCAGGCCGACGUCCUCGGCGCGCCUUACCUGGACCCGAUGUACGAGCCCUACCGCGGCAAGCUGUUCGCCCUCCCGCACCGCGGGUUCUGCGGCGGCCGCCCCACCAUCGUCGGCCUCGUGCCCCAGCGCCAGGCGAACCAGUGGGCCAGCCGCGAGACCGAGGCGGCGAUCCUCGCCCUCCUGGAGCGCCGGGCCGCGGGGGACCCGGGCGCGCUGGUGGUGGGGCAGAGCUUCUUCGAGGGCCACGUGCGCGCCCUGAGGCGGCGGCUGUCCGCGUCGGCGGUCCCGGGGGCCCCCGGCACGGCGGCCGAGUGGGGCGGCGAGAUCGCGCACGCGCACCACGAGGGGUCCGCCCACGUCGUCCUGCACCCGGCCGACGCCGCCGAGCUCAUCCGCGCCGGCUGGGGCGAGCGCCACCCGCUCGCGUGCUGUGCCGACCACUGGCUGUGGAGGGCCUACCACCACUGCUGGAGGGGCACCCGCCUCCCGCUGCCGCCCACGUUUGUGCUCGUCUACGCGCCCCGCGACGGGGCCGAGAUGGCCGUGUUUGAGCGCAUCGUCGACGCUGCCAUCUGGUUCCACACUGGCACGCUCUAACUGCCCGAGGGCGGCGGGGACGCCGAACCUGCUACCAACGCCAAACCCGCUGAUAACGCACUCUCGGGUCUGUCAUAUUUCUGGAGUUCCUGGCUCGUCAGUGCUGAAGAUGAAGACAUUGAUGGGUGAACUGUAUGUGAGAUAUCUCGAAAAUGGACCUGCUGAAUAAUUAGAACCUAAUCAUCAAACAUCAUUGGACAAGACCGAGACCUGUUAGAUAGUUUAUCCAUAUCUCAAUGACGAGAUAGACUGUUCAUAAAAAACGUUGCCUCUCAUUUCUCAUACGAUGUCGGUGGCAACAUCCAAGUCGGGGCGUCUUAAACCUUUUGUAGCAAAAACCUAAAAUCCUCCCCGUGUGCCUGGCUAACCCGCUCCCGCCUAGCCGGGCUGGGCAUUCGAUUUGUAUUUGCAAUUGCUGCAACGGGAGAGGCAAGGGGGGUCAGGCGUGUGGCUCGUGUGUGACAGAUCACUGAUCAUCCACUCCGUACUCCGUACUCCGUACUAAGGCAUGCAUGUUGUGGCCCAUGGCCGUGCUUGCCGUGAAACACGAAGUGUGCACACUUGCAUGUGGCGUGUUGGAGUCG